CUGCGCCGGGCCAACCCGUCGCUGUUCCCCAGCCUGCAGGCCCGGGGCAUCCGCCGUGUGCAGAUCCUGAGCCUCCGCCGCAGCCUCAGCUACGUGAUCCAGGGCAUGGCCAACAUCGAAAGCCUCAACCUCAGCGGCUGCUACAACCUCACCGACAACGGACUGGGCCACGCAUUUGUGCAGGAAAUCGGCUCCUUGCGCGCCCUCAACCUGAGCCUCUGCAAGCAGAUCACUGACAGCAGUCUGGGCCGAAUAGCCCAGUACCUCAAGGGCCUGGAGGUGCUGGAGCUGGGGGGUUGCAGCAAUAUUACCAACACCGGCCUUCUGCUCAUCGCCUGGGGUCUGCAGCGCCUCAAGAGCCUUAAUCUCCGCAGCUGCCGCCACCUCUCGGACGUGGGCAUCGGGCACCUGGCCGGCAUGACGCGCAGCGCGGCGGAGGGUUGCCUGGGCCUGGAGCAGCUCACGCUGCAGGACUGCCAGAAGCUCACGGAUCUUUCUCUAAAGCACAUCUCCCGAGGGCUGACAGGCCUGAGGCUCCUCAACCUCAGCUUCUGUGGGGGCAUCUCAGACGCAGGCCUUCUGCACCUGUCGCACAUGGGCAGCCUACGCAGCCUUAACCUGCGCUCCUGCGACAAUAUCAGUGACACAGGCAUCAUGCAUCUAGCCAUGGGCAGCCUGCGCCUCUCGGGGUUAGAUGUGUCCUUCUGUGACAAAGUGGGGGACCAGAGUCUGGCCUACAUAGCCCAGGGGCUGGACGGCCUCAAGUCCCUCUCCCUUUGCUCCUGCCACAUCAGUGAUGAUGGCAUCAACCGCAUGGUGCGGCAGAUGCACGGGCUGCGCACGCUCAACAUUGGACAGUGUGUGCGCAUCACGGACAAGGGCCUGGAGCUGAUUGCUGAGCACCUGAGCCAGCUCACUGGCAUAGACCUGUACGGCUGUACCCGGAUCACCAAGCGCGGCCUGGAGCGCAUCACGCAGCUGCCCUGCCUCAAGGUACUCAACCUGGGACUCUGGCAAAUGACGGACAGUGAGAAGGUCAGGUGAGGGCGGCAGCACCAGCUCCCCUUGUCCUGCCCUGUACACCCUCCCUUCACCACCACCGGCCCCCACACACCCACUCGCAUAUUUAGACGUAGUUCAUGGCGAUGGCUGAGAUAGGGCAGCGACUUGAAGCCCAAGCUCAUUUCUCCUCCUCCGACGCCCCUCCCUGCUACCAGCCCCUUUCCAUUGCCUUCGGGGUUCCUCUUCUACCACUGCCCUAUUUUCCUCUCUUUUUCCCUGCGGAUGGAGAAAUGGAUUCUGCUACUCACUCACCUACUUCUCUCUGCAGGGGAUGGAGGACUGUUUUCAGCUACUGUAUCCCCACUGCUUGGCAUUUGUAAAUGGGGUGGGGGUGGGGAGUGACUAGUCCUCUCCACCCCGAGGAAUUGAGGAAAAUGUCUGCCUUCACUUAAGCUUUCAUUUGAAUACUGUGAUCUGGUUUUUAUUUUGAAAUGUAUAAAAAGCAAACCCAACUACAACGGCCUUUCACCCUUCUUCCACUUUGUAACUAAUCCCAGUCUCUUCUCAUCACUUCUCCUUUUACAGUACUCGGCUAUUAACACUCAUUUUAUUUUUAUCUGCUUUCCUUAUUUUAGUUUUUUGAAGAAAUUGGAAAUCAUGGUCUUUUUUUUCUGCUGAAUAUAUUCUAUAUAUUAUAUAUAUAUAAAUUAUAUAUAUAUUAUAUAUAUAUAUAUGUCUGGCUACCUCGUUUUAGUUUACUUUUUUCUCUGAAGCCCUGGAAUUCUACAAGAGAGAUAUUUUGAGACUGAAACAUUUUUGUGCCUAGACUGGAAAGAUGCCCAUUGGGUUUGUACAUCUUUUUGUUUUGGCUUCUUCCCAACCUCCAUCCACCCAGUGUGUCCUACUUCUACAUUCUGGCUAUAAUUUUCUUUUUCUCCUUGUCCAUUGGGAUUUGAGGACCCAACUGUGUUCUUAAAUCUUGACUUAAUUUAUAGCACAAAUGUGUGGGAGAAAUGAGAGUUGAACUGCUUUUUUGUUUGUCUGAGAUGCAGAUUGUGUCUUGAAAAUGAUUAUUAUAUAUGCAAAUUAUGCCCUACCCUCACCCUCUUCCAAGUUUCUCCACAAAAAGGUCACACAGUGAGGCUUCCUGUUGGAAGUACAGAGCAGAGUUGGCCUACAGAGACCCUGGGGCCCCCGGCAAUGUGAAGGGGAGGAGACUGAAAUUCAUGUCUUAUCUGCGUUCUGUUAAUAAAAUGGGAGUUUGUGGGUUUUAAAAAGAUCCGUUUCUAAAUGGAGGAAUAGAUGACUUUAUUUUGGUGGGGGUUGGGACUUGUGGCUUUAAAAAAAAUCGCUUUUGAGUAGGAUGUAUAUUUUUGUUGGAUUUUGUUUGUUUGUUUAUUUUUUUAGAAUCCUCCACAGCAACAUGCAAGAACAUGGAGUUAAAGAAACCCAGAGACCUUUAUCAAUUAAUUGUACUGUUUGUGAAUUUGUAUAAAUAAUAACAAAGAUCCUCUUAAAACGUUUAUAUUCUUACAUUAAAAGGUUAAACUGAUAUUUAUAUAAUAAAGAGGAAAUAUGAAGUAUGUUUUUGAAAAAAAAAGCACAAAAAAAAAACUUGUAUCUGUGAAUUAUUUUUAAGGCAUUGUGUGUUUGGGUACAUGCCAAAGUAGGAGGUGCUCUUUGUACACUAAGAUAGAAGGAAAUAAGGUAUAGAUUUGGUGCAUCCUAUGUGAGUGAGCAAGCUCAUGGUUAAAAAUUUAUUCUGUGUAAUGUUUACUAAUGACACCCAAAUAAUGUUCCAUUUCUAGAAAUGUGAUAGAGUGGAGAAUUCUAUAGUUUUUGGUUUUAAACUGUCAACAUGGAAAUUUAAAGAAACUGAACAAAAUGAAACUUUAAAAAAAUUCAGACUUGUAAAAGUCACAGUUUCCUCAAAUGACCAGUUUUUCUUUGAGUGGAAAUUAGAUCUAGGGGUAAUACUGAAAAAAUGGGUCAUGAGAUAUGGGGGUGGCCAAGAAGAAAGAAGGGUGUCUACUCUUAGAGCGGCUGUGGGGAGGAUGUGAAGGGUGGAGGGAGCUGAAGCCAUUGUUCAGAAAAGUUAAAAGAGCGCUGCUGUCCUUGCCUGCUCCUCGCUCAGUCAUGCAUACUGAAUCUCCCAGAGGGAGUGAGGGUCCCGGUGGAAAGGAGGAGGGCAGUUCUACCCCUCUUUUUAACAUUCCCCUCCAGGCCUGGCUGCAUUGAAGCACUUUCCUGGGGGCUGGGGAGGUUGGCCAGGAGUUCUUGUACAUUUGCAUUUUAAGCACUUCCAACACGGAGGCUGGCCACUCGAGCCACUCAGUUGAGGGUUCUUAGACUGAAUUCAUGCAGAUAAAUGAAUACCAACAAUUCUAGCAAAGAGUUCCCUUUGGUAGACAAUAACCAAAUAAUCUGACACCCAGUGAUUGAGCUGUGGAAACUGGUGAGUAUAAAUGCUCUUAGUUGUGGAGUAAUUCAUAUUCCUGGUUUCACAUAGGUUUGUCUAAGUUGUUUUCUGAGAUUACUUUUUUCCUUUUUUUAAACACCAAAAAAGCACUGAUCCCAGUGAGAGCUGAUAAGAACAGUAUCAAACUUUCCUGGAUCAGCAUCUCUUUCCAGGAAGAGGGCUAGAACCCAGGUUUCUCUUGGGUUAAGAUUGUUUUGUAAAAUUUCCAAGCUUUAAGACUUGAACAUAUCACAAAAGCUGCAUUGUUCCUUUUUGGAGAGCCAUCACAAUUGGGUCUAAUUGAGCCUGACACUAGAUCCAUCUUCCUUUUCUAUGGGGAAGGUGUGGAUCUUUUUCUUUCCACUUAGGUUACAGUGCUUAUUGCCCAAAGGCCGGGUGGGUAUGUGUGAACCCCAGUAAGAACCAGGGACUUUGAAUUAGGGCCAGCUUUUUAAAUUUAGCAUUUGACACAAUUCCUGAAGGUUACACAAGCCAUAGGUUCCUAGCCUAUUUUUCUUCCAAGAGACUGCAUGGCUGUACAGAUUCAUUCAGUCAAUAAAAAUUUGAGCACCUCCUAAGUCUGCCUCUAUUCACAUUCUUCAUUUUAACAUGCAAGUAAUCCUACCACCACCUGAAACAUUUUCUGUUUUGAUUUUUUUGUUAAAAGUUAUAUAUAACCUGGACUUAAGGUUGAUAAAUUAAUGUUGAAAGUUAAGAUCAUGGGUAUCAUGUCCUUAUCCUGAACUAGGCAUACUUAAUGUAUCUGGACCUUCUCAGGAAAAGAUUAAUAAACCAUUUACUGUCA